GACGUCAUUGGGCCUUAUCCCGGAAGUGGCGAAACAUCAACAAGCGAGAGGCAGGGCGACGCUGGAGUCCAAGCAAAAGUCCCACCGACUCCAUUGUCAUCUUCUUCUUUUUUAUUUAUUUUGAAAUUCUUAUUAUUUUCAAGUGGUUGGCGCGCAAUGGCGUUGUUCGGCAAGCUGUUUGGCGGCAGCAAAGGCGGCAAAGGGCCGAGCCCGCAGGAGGCCAUCCAGAAGCUCCGCGAGACGGAGGAGAUGCUGAGCAAGAAGCAGGAGUUUCUGGAGAAGAAGAUCGAGCAGGAGUUACAAGUCGCCAAGAAGAACGGCGUGAAGAACAAAAGAGCGGCUCUGCAGGCUUUGAAGCGAAAGAAGCGCUACGAGAAGCAGCUGGAGCAGAUCGACGGCACUUUGUCCACCAUCGAGUUCCAGAGGGAGGCCCUGGAGAAUGCCAACACCAACACAGAAGUGCUAAAGAACAUGGGCUAUGCUGCCAAGGCCAUGAAGUCUGCACACUCUAACAUGGACAUAGACAAGGUGGACGACUUGAUGCAGGACAUAAACGAGCAGCAGGAGUUGGCCCAGGAGAUCUCGGACGCCAUCUCCAAACCUGUGUGCUUCGGGGAGGAAUACGACGAGGAUGAACUUCUUGCUGAGCUGGAUGAGCUGGAACAAGAAGAGCUGGAUAAAAACCUGCUGGACAUCGGGCCAGAGAACGUGCCCCUACCCAACGUGCCUUCAACCUCCUUACCUUCCAGACCUGCAGCAAAGAAAGUGGAGGAUGAAGAUGACAUGGAUGACUUGCAGCGCUGGGCAGAAGCCAUGUGAUCACUUCAAUAUAUCAUCUGUACUCACCUGUAUCGCCAGCUGGACACCCCAUGGACUCAUACUGUGUGUGUGCGUGCGUGCGUGCGUGUGUGUGCGUAGGACUGAAUUGGACACUCCAAAAGAAAAUAUGUUUAUUGUCAGAAUGAAGAAACUGUUGAACAUGACACUAAUUUGUAUGCCCUGAUAUCUUCUUGUUAGCUUUACCAUCUUUCACUACACUGUGUGAAAUUGCUGACUUUUAUUUUUUAUUUUAUCUUUCAUUUCAAGUUAUCUUUCAUUUCAAGUUAUCUUUCAUUUCAAGUUAUCUUUUAUUUCAAGUUAUCUUUUAUUUCAAGUUAUUUCAUUUCAAGUUAUUUCAUUUCAAGAGUGUUUGCCACAAUGAGUGUUUGCUCCUCCAUCCUCUGGUCACACAUAAUGUAAAUAACACACUUUUUCUACACACUCCGCUCCAGGAAUCCUCCUUUCAUGACGUCUUAUAUUUCACUUGAAGCCCCUCCUGUCCAACUGUAUUCAAAAGGAGACGUCAAUCAUCUCUUUGUAAGGUUUAGUGUUGCUUCCGUUCUAUUUCAUACUUCAAAUCCCCAAUGUAUAUUUUUCAUUGACAAAAAAGUCCCACAGGUGAAUUACAGACAGGCAAGCAUGUUUGCUGUUCUACGGAAUGUUUUAUUUAUCCAGAAAUGAAUAUUAUUUGAAAAAAAUAAUUAAAAGAAGUCAAUUCUUG